GGUACGGUCCUUCCUCCAGGUUGGGCGCACAUGGCCUGGGAGUAGGAGCCGGCGGGCCCCGCGGUGGCAGCUGGUAGAGUCGGAAGUUUGGCGGUAGCUAGACCAGGGAGCAGCGAGAGCUGAGCGGCGGCGCCAAGGCCCAUGCAGGACGCGGAGAACGUGGCGGUGCCCGAAGCGGCCGAGCAGCGGGCUGAACUGGAGCAGCAGGCCGCUGAGGAAGAACCGGAGCGGCCUGCGGGGCCCGGGGCCCAGGAGGCGGCGGCGGCCGCUUCUGUGCUCGUGCCGGAGGAGAAGGGGGAAAAGGACGCCGCCACGGUGACGGUGGCCAAGCCCGGGUCGGAGCCCGAGGCAAUCGCGAAGCCUUCGGCGGUAGAGAAAGCCGCCGGCGAUCCGGCCUCUGCCGGGUCGCCGCCGCCGUCGUCCUCACCUCUGGGGGAGCCGCAGCCACCCGAGAAGGUUCCCGAGCCCAAGGCGGAGCCUCCGGCGGCUAAGGAGGAGAAGCGGGAGGAGAAGGAGAAGGCAGAGGACAGAGGAGGGAAAGAGGAGGAGGAGGAGAAGGAGGAGGCCCGGGGCGAGAAGGAAGACCAGGGCAAGGAGGCCGAGGCCGAGCCCCGGCGCCUGGAGAAUGGCAACGAAGAGGACGAGAUCUCCUUCAGCGACCCCGAGGGCUUCGUGGACGACAUCAGCGAGGACGAAUUGCUGGGAGAUGUACUCAAAGAUAGACCACAGGAAGCUGAUGGAAUUGAUUCUGUCAUAGUGGUGGACAAUGUCCCUCAGGUAGGACCUGACCGUCUUGAGAAAUUGAAGAAUGUCAUCCACAAGAUCUUUUCCAAGUUUGGAAAAAUAACCAAUGAUUAUUACCCAGAAGAAGAUGGAAAAACUAAAGGUUACAUUUUCCUGGAGUAUGUCUCCCCUGCUCAUGCCCUGGAUGCUGUUAAAAAUGCUGAUGGCUACAAGCUUGACAAACAGCAUACGUUCAGAGUAAACCUUUUUACUGACUUUGACAAAUACAUGACAAUCAGUGAUGAGUGGGACAUUCCAGAGAAGCAGCCCUUCAAAGACUUGGGAAAUCUACGCUAUUGGCUGGAGGAGGCUGAAUGCAGAGAUCAGUAUAGUGUCAUCUUUGAAUCUGGGGAUCGUACAUCCAUAUUUUGGAAUGAUGUGAAGGAUCCAGUCUCCAUUGAAGAAAGAGCGAGAUGGACAGAAACCUAUGUGCGCUGGUCCCCAAAGGGAACUUACUUGGCUACGUUCCAUCAAAGAGGAAUUGCUUUAUGGGGGGGAGAAAAAUUCAAACAAAUUCAGCGAUUCAGCCACCAGGGGGUGCAACUUAUUGACUUCUCACCUUGUGAAAGGUAUCUUGUGACCUUCAGCCCUCUGAUGGAUACACAGGAUGACCCUCAGGCCAUAAUUAUAUGGGACAUUCUCACAGGACAGAAGAAACGAGGAUUUCACUGUGAGAGCUCUGCUCAUUGGCCCAUUUUUAAGUGGAGUCACGAUGGCAAGUUUUUUGCCCGAAUGACAAUGGAUACUCUCAGCAUCUACGAGACUCCGUCUAUGGGUCUUUUGGAUAAGAAGAGUUUGAAAAUCCCUGGAAUAAAGGACUUUUCUUGGUCACCUGGUGGUAACAUAAUUGCUUUUUGGGUACCAGAAGAUAAGGACAUUCCUGCCAGGGUGACCUUGAUGCAACUCCCCACCAGACAAGAAAUCAGAGUUAGAAAUCUGUUCAAUGUUGUUGACUGCAAGCUACAUUGGCAGAAGAAUGGAGAUUACUUGUGUGUCAAAGUAGAUAGAACUCCAAAAGGUACCCAGGGUGUAGUAACCAACUUUGAAAUCUUCCGUAUGAGAGAGAAACAGGUGCCUGUUGAUGUAGUAGAAAUGAAAGAAAGCAUAAUAGCUUUUGCUUGGGAACCAAACGGAAGUAAGUUUGCUGUCCUCCAUGGCGAGGCUCCUCGAAUAUCCGUUUCCUUCUACCAUGUGAAAAAUAAUGGAAAGAUUGAGCUUAUCAAAAUGUUUGAUAAACAGCAGGCAAACACAAUCUUUUGGAGUCCCCAGGGACAAUUUGUCGUUCUAGCUGGUCUGAGGAGCAUGAAUGGUGCCCUGGCAUUUGUUGAUACGUCUGAUUGUACCAUGAUGAACAUUGCAGAACACUAUAUGGCUUCUGAUGUUGAGUGGGAUCCUACAGGCCGUUACGUUGUAACUUCCGUGUCCUGGUGGAGCCACAAGGUGGAUAAUGCCUACUGGCUAUGGACUUUCCAAGGACGUCUCCUUCAAAAGAAUAACAAGGAUCGUUUCUGCCAGUUGCUGUGGAGGCCUCGGCCCCCAACUCUCCUCAGCCAGGAUCAGAUAAAGCAAAUUAAAAAGGAUCUAAAGAGAUACUCCAAGAUUUUUGAACAGAAGGAUCGUUUGAGCCAAUCCAAAGCCUCAAAAGAAUUGGUAGAGAGGAGACGUACAAUGAUGGAAGAUUUUAGGAAAUAUCGAAAAAUGGCCCAAGAACUUUAUAUGGAGCAGAAAAAUGAGCGUCUGGAAUUACGAGGAGGUGUAGACACUGAUGAACUAGAUAGCAAUGUAGAUGAUUGGGAAGAAGAGACAAUUGAAUUUUUUGUCACUGAAGAAAUUAUUCCUCUUGGAAACCAGGAGUAAUCUGAUAGGGUCCUGCCUUGCCAUAUCUCGUGCCAGGAGUGGAGUUCAUCCUUUUGCAGAAAGCCUACACAGCUUCUGAGUUAUUUGUGUUUUCUCUUGCUCUCUGGACAGUGAACACACCUGGAUCCUUCCAUUCUGACACAUUUUGUGCCUUUAAACCCCAGUGUCUGCAUUGUGGGAGGUUUUAAGGCACUGCUUUUAAAUCCUUACUUUUGGGGGAUUUUUAAAAAAAAUCCAAAGCCACCAGUAUUUGCUACUCAGACUUUUAUGCAGGGCUACUGGCAGGUAACUUUUGAUUACUGCUCUCAGUAGCAUUUCUUAAGUGUAUCAUCCCCACAAUCACACAAUGUUGCCAUUCAAGGACUCUCUUUAUAUCCCAAGUGCAUGGACUGGUGUUCUUUUUGUCCUGGAAAAAAUCUGCAGGAAAACAGUGUAUCAUUCGUGUUUUAGUGUGCUGAAGCAGCACUACAGCGGGCUGUACCCUCCGCCCUUCAGAUUGUGAUAGGGUUUCUCAACAGGUUGAACAUGGAAAAUAAAAAGCAGACCUAUGUUAAAAA